GGAUGACGUCAUUUGUUAUUGUUAUUGUCAGUUUACAAGGGUUUAAAAAUAAAAAAAAAACAAAUAUUUUUUCGUUUCUGAGAACAGACCAGACCAUUUCUGAGAUUCUGAGGUUUCUUAGUGAGAAUAGCUGGAUAUUUAUAUAUAUAUAUAUAUAUAUCAGAGACAACCUACAUAUAUUUUAUGGUUUAUUUAUUGUCAAUGAUGAAUGUGAAGGAGGAACUUUUAUACCUUCAUGAGGACGUUUUCAAAACAGAACCAGACGAUUUUACUGAACAAAUGCCUUAUAGAAGAACACCACAAAUGUGUGAAAACGAUGUGUUUGAAGAAUUUGAAACCGGUACACGUAGACAGAAUGUUGAUGAAAUUAAACAAGAAAUUAUCGAAUGUGAUGAGAUAAAAAUUGAGCAUGAUUCCGUGCAAGAAAAUAACUUACAAUUUUGUCCUUUGCUUACUAAAAAGGAACUUGAGGACAUUAGUGAAAUAAAAGCUACAGACAUCGAAGAUAUAAAGGAAGACGUAUGUGAAUAUGUACACUGUAAAGCUGAACUGUUGACUACACAUUGUGACUUACAGACUUUGAAAAAUGAAAAUACUGAAUAUCCAGAUUGUUUGGCAGAAUCCUGUGAAAGGGAAGAAGAUGAAAAGAUAUCAGAUCCUUUAAAAAAUAGCACAAAUGUGUUAUCCAUGAAAAAUUUUCCUGCUUCUAAUUCGAGUUACAUUCUGGAUGGAAAUUUUCAGAAAAGUGUCAUAUUAAACAAGUUUGAUGGAAAAUCAAAAAAAAUAAUGAAUUCACAAACAAAUAUAUUAACCCAUGCUGAUGAAAAACCAUUUAAGUGUGACAUUUGUCUCAAGGAAUUUGAACAUAACUCUGGAUUACAAAAACAUUUAAUAACCCACACUAAUGAAAACCCAUUUAGGUGUAACAUUUGUUCCAAGGGUUUUAAUUAUAAAUCUAACUUAAAGGCACAUUUAAAAGCUCACACUAAUAAACUAUUAACCUGUGACUCUUGUUCCAAGGAAUUUCCAUCAAAAUCUAAAUUACAGAGACAUUUAGUAACUCACACUAAAGAAAAAGCAUUUAAAUGUGACAUUUGUUGCAAGCAAUUUGCUCAGAAAUAUACCUUGAAGUCACAUUUAAUAACACACACUAAUGAAAAAUCUUUCAAGUGUGACAUUUGUUCCAAGGCUUUUAAUUAUAAAUGUAUCUUACAGACUCAUUUAAUGACUCACACUAAUGAAAAACCAUUUAAGUGUAACAUUUGUUCCAAGGCUUUUAAUCGCAAAGAUAACUUACAGUUACAUUUAAUAAUCCAUACUAAUGAAAAACCAUUUAAGUGUGAUAUUUGUUCCAAGCAAUUUACUCAGAAAUCUAACUUUAAGGCACAUUUAAUAACCCACACCAAUAAGAAAUCAUUCCAAUGUGACAUUUGUUCCAAGAAAUUUACACUAAAAUCUAGAUUACAGAGACAUUUAAAAAAUGACCCACACUAAUAAAAGACCAUUCAAGCGAUUCUUUUACUGCUCUGCUGUCAUAAGCAAAACCUCAGUAACUACACAAACUGUGGAAUGGAGAUGUUAUGUUGAGAAUGGGGUGUGGAAUGGAGAUAUUUGCAACAAAAUAAAUUGAUAAGUUUUAGCGUUUUGAUCGGUGGUACCAAUAUAGCUGCUUUUCUUGAAUUAGAGACAAUUUUUGGAUAAUGCUUUUGACUAGUUAAAAAUAAGUUUGAUUUAAUUUUUUGUGUUGGUUUAUGGGUUAAAAGGUUUUUGCUAAAAAUGCCUUACAAAAAUGUUAGUUUCAGUGUAGAAUCAAGUUCACUUUUUAGGAUACAGAAUAAUGAAUAUUACGGGAAUUUUGCUAACUUUUUAAGGAGAAAAAAGAGUUAGUAUCAGUAUGGUCAAAUAACCUCAAAUAUUUGUAAUUUGUCAGUUAUGGUGUUUGGCUUAUGACGGCAGCGCUGUUCCAACAGCAACAAAAUUUCUAUAUCUGGACCUCAUAACCAAAGGGUACUACUGUCCUAUUUCAUAAAUGGUCCAUUUUAAAGUUUGGAUAGCAGAUAUUUUUUACAUUUAAGUGCUAGUGUAAUAGUGUGUGUAAAUUUUACACAAGAAAUGAUGAACUUGAUAAAUAAAAAAUACAACUAAUUAGAUAUUUUUUGCAUUUCACUCUUAUUUUGUAAAAUAAUGUACUCAAUAUCAUUUGGCUCCGAAGAAAGACGUUGACUUAAUAUUAGGUUUUGCGACUUAGCCAUUUAGCUUUGAAAAGAAUAGAACAAAAGUAAACAUAAUAUUUUUAUCGUAAAGAAAAACAUAUCAUUUUAAUAACUAUAUUAUUAUUUUCAAACAUGGGCAACUAAACCUUUAGCCCAUCAGUCGUCUUCCUUUAAAUUGACAUGUUGAAGCCCUUGAAAGUAGGAAUGGAACUGUUUGGUGACCCAUUUGAGUAAUUUUUGGCAAAUUUUCGAAAAAUUCUGGUUAUAAUCAAUCCGCUGAAAGUGUUCUUGCUCAUAAUCAGAUUUAACAUGAAGAAGCACACUGGGACUUUGCUUCGAAGAUUUCAUGUACACCACUUUUGAGAUAAAAAAAAAGUUUGACCAUGUUCCGUUUUCUUUAUUUUAUUUAUUUAUUGGUACACUGCUCAAAAGGUAAUUCCAAUUACAAAAAUAAUUACGGAAACAUAAGAAUAGGUAAACACUAUACGGACUUAAAAACAAUUAAAUAUAUCUAUGGUAUUACUAAGUUACAUAAUGUACACAUAUUGUGCAGUGGUGAUGAUUUUAAAACAUUAGUUCUUGCUGAUGGGAGAUAGAAAGUAGACUGCGACCAUGUCUCGGAAUGUUAAAAGCAAGUUUUUCUAAUAAUUGUUCGCAAUAGAUUUUUUUAUGUACUAAUUAGUAUAUGAAAACGAUUAGAUGACAAUUUCGCCUUGUACUCAAGAUCAAUAAAGUUGUGUCUGUUAAGCAGAUAUUGAUGGGGUGUACCUAUUUUCGGAUAAAUGCCAUCCUGUUUGAAGCAAAUGAAUUUUAAGAAUCGCCGGUGCACUGAUUCUAACUUGUCCUGAUGAAUUUGGUAAUGGGGAUUCCAAAUUAUGGAAGCGUACUCAAGUUUAGAUCGAACGAAUGAAAAAUACAGCAUUUUAAGAGUUUCUAUAUUUGAAAACUCCCUACUAACACGUAACACAAACCCAUUCAUUUUUGAUGCAGCAGAUACAAUUUUUUCAAUGUGUAAUAUGAGAGCUUUGGAUCAAAAGUUAUACCAAGAUCGACAAAAUAUUUAGGUCUUUGUAGAGAUGACCUGUUUAUCUCAUAGUUGAAUAAAAUAAUAUCCGGUUUUAAUGAAAAUUACAUUAUAUUUUUUCUUGAUAUUCUGGUAAGGUGAAUCACUAUUGCCAUACAAAUUAUGAAAAUUUGUAAAAUCUGUGAUUUCUAUUCCUUCAACAGUUACUUUCGGACCACACAGUGCUGUCUCCACUCCUGUGGAACCUUAGGGCUCUCAAAGAUAAGGGACAUAGAACCCUGGAAUAUGCCGAUGAUCUAGUGAUCAUGGCACAGGGAAAAUACAACACUAUAGUAAGAGAUCGAAUGCAAGAGGCUCUAAAUAUAGUAACAAAAUGGACAGAGGCGGAAGGACUAAACACUAGCCCAAACAAAUCUGACAUAAUUGCAUUCACCCGCAGGCGAAAAUUGGAGGGACUAGGGCCUCUAAACCUAAGAGGUGCAAGCAUCCAGCUUAAGGGGGAGGUAAAAUAUCUCGGGGUUAUGAUUGACUCGAGACUUACCUGGAACCAGCAUCUAGAAAGAACCACAAGGAGAGCGGAAACCUCAUUAAUGAUGGCAAGGCGAUCCUUUGGAAAAAAAUGGGGGUUAAAACCAGACAUGGUAUACUGGCUUUAUAACAUGGUGGUGAAACCGAUAAUAACAUACGCAGCUUUGGUGUGGUGGCCAAAGACACAGCAAAGGAAAGCAAUAACGAGGCUAAGCAAGGUACAAAGACUUGCCUGUCUCGGAAUAACGGGGGCAAUGAAAACAACCCCCACUGCUGCAAUGGAAGCGCUAAUAGGACUCCCACCACUUCACUAUGUGAUACAAGGGGAGGCAAGAUUAGGGAAUACACUGGGAAAUCUUGACAUUAGGCCAGGUCACAUGAGUAUCUCAAGGUUAGUGACAGGAGACGUGCUAGACAUGAGAUCAGACCACAUAACCAAGAGGUAUUCUUUUAAUACUCCCUUUGAGGUUUUAAUACAAGAAAGAGCGGAGAUCACCAUAAGGGAGCCCAUUGCCCAACGAUAGGAACGAACCUGGUAUACAGACGGGUCUAAGACUGCGGAAGGCACUGGGGCAGGAGUAUUCUCCAAAAACCCUGAUACUAACCAUAGCUAUGCUAUAGGAAUACAUUCCUCGGUAUUUCACUUAAGGCCAUAUCGAGUCAGAAAGUUACGUCGAGGCUGGUAUGGGAAUGCAUCGAAGAACUAAGAACACUGGCAGACCGAAAUAGAGUAAAACUAUUUUGGGUGCCAGGUUACAAAGGGAUCGAAGGCAACGAAAAGGCUGACGAACUUGCAAAAAGAGGGUCAGAAGAAACACCGGAACCAGACACAAACCCAGGAGUACCAAAAAUUACAGUCCGGGGUUUUAUAAAUGACUGGAUUCGGGAACAACAUAGCAACUAUUGGGGAAGCACCCCAAAACAGGCACAUGGAAAAGCCUUCAUAGGCAGACCAUGUCCCAAAAGAACUGGAUAACUACUCUUAAUGAAUAGGAACCAGUUGAAAGUGAUAACAGGGUUCAUGACUGGGCACGCCCCAGUAAAGGGACACUUGAACAAAAUUGGCAUGUACAAUGGGGAACUCAUGUGCCGACUAUGUCACAAGAAACCAGAAACGGCCAAACACAUACUGUGCGAAUGCGAAGCUCUAGAUCGCAAAGACAGGCUCUUUUUGGAAACCCCCAGGUUGAUCCAACAACGUAUAGAACCCACUCACCCAAGGAUUUGUACAAACUUGUACAAGGUACAAAGGUGAUAGAGUGGGUGCUAUGAACUAACAUGGGGUAAAACACAAUAAGCCAAUAGACUUCAGUGUUAUUCGGAGACACAUAGACGAGCCCAGGGAAGAAAAACCCACUCUCAGCCUGAGACUUGUCCCAAAUGUAGCAAGAUGCAGAUUUUGUGGAUGAAUCAUAAAAUAAAUGUCCAGAACUUAAAAUAAAAAUUGAGCAUUUUUGAGAAGUGGAGAUGGCAAACAUUUCUGUAAGUCCACUAUCAACAUUUUGGCACUAUUGACGUCACAUUCCUUUUUAUCUUGCCUUUUUAGUUUGUACCUAUUGUCUUUAUCAAGUUAAUAGGCGUCAUAUUCCUUUUAAAUUUCAUUUCGUUCUUCAUCUGAAGUCACUCCUUUAAUAUUAAUCUUAUAUUCGUCACACCCAUCACAACUAUUUCCAGGUUCUUUGAAAGCUAAAUUGAACUUUGAAUUAAAAAUGUCUCGAUAUUUCCAUUCUUUUGGAAUCUUCUCCAGGCAUAUGAGAGUUCAAACAUUCUUCGCAAAACAGUUGGUACACACAUGCGAUAUUAAUAUGACUUCGCAAGUAUUUUUUUGUAGAGUUGAUGUGCUCUCUAAUGAGACUCCUGAUUUCUUCUCCAAUUUUAUUAGAUGGUUCAUGCUUUACAUCUUUGACCUGAUGUUAUGACUCCAUUAGCCUGCCUUUUUGCAAUUGCAAAUCGUAUUAUAGUUUGCGAUAUGCUCAUAGUGGUAGGGGAGAAACUUCGACAUACAGGGAUUCUUCUACCGUUCACAGUAAAAAAAUAUUUUAGUAAUAUUUGCCGUCUACCAGUGCGGCUCUCUGUUCUAACUCGCACCCGUUCUAUAGGAUUUUCUUCGAUGACGCUACAAAUAAUAACUGUCUUUUUCGGUCAGUUUUAUCUGACUACUCCAAAAUUGGUAAUACAUUAUUUUACGUAUAUCUUCUGUUAUUCUUUGCAUACAUAUCAUCCUACAAUCAUCACAGGGGCUUUCAUUUCUCUUUUUUAUGACUAUUUCCAACAGCUGCCCUUUUAUCAAUUCUGUUUUUCCACGUUUGUGGGUUUCUUUUUCCCUUUUCUGUUCUCAGUUUCUUCUUCCUGCAAUUCCUGCUCCGCUCUCACUUCCUGCUCUUCUCUUUCUUCACUACUGCUUUCUCUACUAACAGACGUUGCAAUAUAAUCAGGGUCGUUCAUAUCAUCGUUUGUCUUAGACAGACGUGCUAAAAUAACUUUUUUUUUCAGCAUAAUUUAUAGAAAUCUCAGUAUUAUUAUCUGAGCCCGUCGCUAUAUUAAUAGGUCGUCAGUUGGCUGAAGUUCCAGAACCACUUCUGAUUCAGAUGUGGUUAUGUACAUCGAUGGCAGAGACGAUACAGAAUCUAAAAACAACUUAUCCUAUUAUAAACGUGCAAUUUUUCACAGCUAAUUGCUUACCUAGUAUAGUUUCACGAGGAGUAUUCAAAAUUUGAGGGUCACUGUCGAAAAUUAUUUUCGAAUUAUUAUGUUUUUCUUCGUCCAUUUCUUGCAUAUCAUUAAUAAAAGUACUGCAGCCGGGAAUUGCAAUAAUCUCCCUGAAUAAACAGCGACAUCAAAUUCAUUUGUCUCGCCUUAAACAAAAAGUACAGACAUAAGUACAGUGCAACCUCUUUAAUCCGAACACCUAAUUGUCAGACCUUGUUCGGAUUAUCGAAUUGUUCGGAUUAACGAAUAUACAAUAAAACACCUCUUACACAUUUUUAGACCUUUAGAUCUAUGUAUGUAUAUUGAUUUUUGUACAUUUAAAUGCAUUAUCAAACUACAUAUGGGCGACGCGGGCCGCGCUGCAGGUCUUUUUCUGUCAGCGUUCGGAUUACAAAGGUGGCGUUCGGACUAUCUCGCAUCACGAUUUGCGUUCGGAUUAGCGUGGGUUCGGAUUAUCGAGGUUGCACUGUAAUAAUAUUAGAAGUUUAAAUUGACACAUUAUUGCAGGAUAUAAUAAUGUUAAGACUAAAGAAGAAGUAUGUCCAAAGUCGGUACUUAUAGGUCUUGUACCUUGAUUUUACCUUGAAUCAUCAAGAUUAACACACCUUAAUUUCUGUAAAGUACACAACCUUGUGACGAAGUCACUAUUUUGUUAUCCUAAUUUAAUUUAUAAAUUGUUUAUUAAAAGUUAUUUUCCGCUUGCGACAACCCCCGUAAUUGUUGUUUCUCUAGAGUUCCUGUUUUUAAACAUUUGCAAGAGCCUCGUAUUUUAAAAUACAUCAUUAUUUGCCGAAGUUCGAAUCCGGCUUUUAACAUUCAAUUUCAUGUAAAUUAUCUAGAUUGGGCGAAAUCUAGAAGCACUGAUUUGCGAUUCGAUGUUAAACCAAUACAUUCAAAUUCGGCGUCGUUUUUUCUGAACUAAGUGCUAAGAUAGUUUAUUUUUUAUUUUUUCAAUUAUUAAAAGCUCAUUUUCUAUUGUACAGGGAGUGCCGUGAUUGCCCCUUUAUUUACUCCUGAUAUAUCAUUUUAUUUUUAUUCUUUUACUAUCGUAUUUAAACAAUUAUUUGAUAGAAAAUUAAUUUUCUAUUGUACCAGGAGUGCCGGUGGUACCGAAUAUAGUAUCCCGAGUUUUUUUAAAGAG